AACAACAGCUGUGGCUGAUAGCUUUCCUUUCAAGCAAAUAUACAUAGUAAGGACUCCAGAUUGUCCACUAGAGACCUCGACGAGAUGGCUAAUCCCUUCCGCUGGUGUCUCGUGUCGCAGGACUGUGUGCUGCAGGUCAACGUGGUCCUGGUGGUGGUGGGCCUGAUCAUCCUGCUGGACGUGUUCAGCCACCUCUAUCUGAAGACGGUAAUGUUCCCCGGGCUGCGCGUCUACCCAGUGUCCCUGCGCACCUGGCUCUUCUGGGUGCGCUUCAUGACCAUGGUUUCCUACGUCCUCAACGCGUGUCUGGGAAUCCGAAUGGCCCGGCAUCCAAACAUCUUUAUGUUCGCCGGCUACAUGCUGGUCGGCUGCGUGGUGUUGCUGUACACUUUCAGCAUUGCGGUGACGCGCUUCAUGUACCCCCGCAGGUUCAAGUUCUACGUCCAAAUGCUGGUCAACCAGAUGUGGAUAAAGGACACUCUGGGUAAGGUCGAGGUGGAGUUCGGAUGCUGCGGUAGGACCAGCGCGGCCGACUACCUGAAGGGCUCGACCAACCGCACCUGGGCCAGUGGCUCCUGCUGCGGGGAGCACAACUGCCCCGGGUGCACAUCGAAGCUCACCGAUUACUUGUGGACCGUCGAGAUGGACGUGGCGCGGGACAACAUCAUCGUGUCCCUGUUCCUGUUCGUGGCGUUGGCCAUAGUGGCAGUGCACUACUCUCGAGUGAAAUUUCAGGAGGACUCCUACGACUCGGACGACUCUGAGGAGACCUCUUCAAUGCCCCCAGCGACCUGAGCACAAUACACACAGUCUUAAUGACUUUAAUUCCAGAAUAAUUCGUUUGCCAGACAGUUUUUCGCGAUUCACAAAGUUGAAGGUCAGCGGAGCCCACACAUUCCCCAACCAAAGCUUUUAAAAACCGAAUUUGUUCCAAUUUUCUUACAUUUGUUCUCGGACAACACUAAUUAGUGACUUCCGGAGGUCGCAAACAUCUUCCGUGAUAUCACAUUUGAAUUGCGGAAAUGACUUCUGGCAGGAAAAAAUCAAACACUUCCGCAAUGCUUUUUUUGUCACGUAUACAUGAUUUUAAGGAGUGACUUCGAGGACACUCUUGAAAGUCACGCAGAAAAUAUGUGAAAGAGCCUUUUCCCAAGGGAAUCUAUUCUUUUAUACUCUUUAAACAAUAAACCAGUCUUCAAUGUC